GCGUUGUGCUUUCUCAAGAUAUAACAUUUCAGCUCAAUCUCUCGCUGUUGCACACAUUUUAAAGUCGUUUCGUUUCUCUCACUCUAUAAUGAGCGACAACGAAAAGGAGUUCAGGGAGCAGAUGGUAAAAAGGGGGAAGAGGAGGAGGAAAAAAGAAGUCAGAUUCAAACGGAAGAAAGAAGAAAUGAAGGGUUGUUAUGAAGUAAUGAAGUGAACGAAGUUAUGAAGUUAAGAUCAGAAGUAUAACUGGGACUCUCGGGGAGGCUCAAGGAGUGCAUCCCCAAGGGGCUCGGCAAAAUCCACCAGCCACUCUCCUGCACGCUCCAAAGAUGGCUCCCGGAGAUCUCGGUCCAGAUCUCGCUCUCAUUCCAGAUCAAAAUCCAGAUCAAGGUCCCAUCGGAGCUCACGCAGGCGGUACUCCCGGUCCCGUUCCCGCUCUCGGCGCAGGCGUUCAAGGAGCCGCUCUCGAAGCUCGGAUUACCGUAGACGCAGGAGCCAUAGCCACUCCCCCAUGUCGAAUCGGCGCAGGCACAUUGGCAACAGGGCCAACCCAGAUCCCAGCGCCUGCUUGGGUGUGUUUGGUCUGAGCCUUUACACCACUGAGAGGGACCUGAGGGACGUCUUUUCUAAAUAUGGCCCACUGGCUGACGUCAACAUAGUGUAUGAUCAGCAGUCACGUCGCUCGAGAGGUUUUGCCUUUGUUUAUUUUGAAAACAGUGCCGACUCAAAGGAGGCCAAGGAGCAUGCUAACGGCAUGGAGCUGGAUGGGCGCAGGAUUAGGGUGGAUUUUUCUAUCACCAAAAGAGCUCACACCCCAACUCCUGGGAUCUACAUGGGACGUCCCACCUAUGGUGGUGGUGGCGGCGGCGGCGGAGGUGGUGGUGGUGGUGGUGGAGGAAGUGGUGGUUCAUCACGACGAUUUUCUAGGGACUACGACAGGGGCUAUGAUAGAGGGUACGAUCGAGGUUAUGAUCGCGACUACGAUCGCUACGAAGAGCGAGAUUACCGAUCGUACAGGCGCAGAUCACCGUCGCCAUAUUACAGCAGAGGUUACCGCUCACGAUCUCGAUCCUACUCACCACGUCACUACUAGGCAACGAGGAUCAUCAACAGUUGUGGUGUUAACUUCCCAAUGCUUUUUUUUUUCUCCAUUUCUGUGUGUGAAAGGGACUUUUGCAUGUGUUAAUCUGUAAAAACGUUUUAUUUUUAUCUGCAACGAUGUCAAAGCCAGUGCUAAGUUUUUAAGUUUGAAUUAAUCAUAGAGGUCCAAAGUUUUUUUUUUUUUUUUCAUUCUUCUCAGUUGUGUUCUUUUCCUGAACAUAAUUCUGUAUGUCAACUUAAGAAAAAAAGUCUUUUAAAAUAAUUGGAACAAUAAAUGCAUUGCUUUAAUUGACAUGUUUUUAAUCUUAAUAGGAUUUUUGUGUGUGGGGGGGGGGUUAUGUUUCCUUUUUAGUUUUUGUUCCAUAGAGAUUGCUUCUUUAAAAGUAGGAAAGGGGAUUAUGUGGUUGAAGAAAUGUCCAACGGCUGUGUAUUUUUGAAUCAUGCACUACGUGAGUGCACCCUCCUUAGCAAAAAUUCCCUACGCUGGAAACGCCUCCACUGGUAAUUUUGUAAAUUAAAACCGAAUUAAAUGUAAUUUACAUGUCCAGCAGAAGUUCUGCGACCAGAGCAUCUGUUUUCAGACCCUGUUGCUGCUUUUGAGGGCACACCAUCUUUGAAAAGAGUCUCCUAAACACACCAGCUUUUAAUUGUCAUUACACUGUCAUAAGCAACAAAAUGAACUCUGCAUUUAAGCCAUCCCUUUGGGGAACAGUGGGCUGCCAUUGUGCAGUUCCCGGGGAGCAUCGUGUGGUUAAGGGUCUCACUCAGAAACCCAGAGUGCAAGAGUCCAUCAGUCAAGUCAUUUUAGAUGAAUCUCGACACUUAAUUUCUGGGGUAAAUCCUCUUUCAUACCUUUUACCUUCCAAAUAGUAAAUGUGGCAUCUGUCUUUGCUUGAUUGUUACUAAUUAUCUGCUGUAUAUAUGCAAUAAAAACACAUUGGCAAAUUG